GUGGCUUGCGAAGACCCCUUCUCGAAUUCUGCCACGCUAAAACUCUCUUUUACAUUCUUCAAAUUAUUACCAAAUUUCACCUCCGUACACUCUAAAUCCUCAUUUUCCAAUCCUUCACAGAGAUACAGUUGAUGCUGAACUUCAUUCAAUCUCAGCCAUGCAAGUAAUUCACACCUUUUAAGCAACACCACUGCCCAAAAAUUCAUCUUUUCAGACACCCAUUUACAAUUACUAAUCAGUUAUCAAAUAAAAAAACUAAUUAUUGCUCUCAAGUAGAGUAACAUAGCCAUGCUUUUCCAUUUUGAUCUGAAAGAAUUUCAAGAAAAGGUCUCUACUCAGCUCCGACCUUGGCAACGCUCUUUUCAGUUCUGGGUUCGCGCUGCUGAUAUUUAUACUGGUUAUAAAGUAUUUCAGGUAAGAGCAAGUCUGGAGAAGAAUGUGCAGAAACAGGAGGUAAUGUGGGAGAAGCAGCAUGAAGUUGCUGCUGACAAGAUAUAUAGUAUGUGUUCUGAGCUUGGUGGGUUUUUCCUCAAGGUUGCCCAAAUAGUUGGGAAGCCAGACUUGGCGCCUGCUGCAUGGGUAAAAAGGCUUGUUACUCUAUGUGAUCAAGCACCAGCUACACCAUACAAUGUGAUUAGGGCAGUGCUUGAGAAGGAGUUGGGUCAAAGUAUUGAAGAAUUGUUUGAAUAUUUUGACAAGGAUCCACUAGGCUCUGCUUCAAUUGCUCAGGUUCAUCGAGCAAGACUCAGAGGUGACAAGAAUGAUGUUGUCGUCAAGGUCCAACAUCCUGGAGUUCAGGAAUUGAUGAUGACUGAUAUCCGCAACUUGCAAGCCUUUGCUUUAUAUAUUCAAAAGACAGAUGUCAAGUUUGAUCUGUUGUCUGUUACCAAGGAAAUGGAGAAACAGAUUAGCUAUGAAUUCAACUUUGUGAGGGAGGCUGAAGCUAUGGCAAGAAUUCGGCAUUUCCUUUGCCAGAAUAACAAAAAGUCCCCUGUUCGGGUACCUCAUUUGAUAGGAGACAUGGUCAGCAGGAGGGUUCUAGUGAUGGAAUACAUUGACGGCAUACCCAUUUUGAAGCUAGGAGAUGAAAUGGCAAAGAGAGGCAUUCAACCUGAUGGCAAAUUAGCGGCAGCUGCAAAACAGAAUAUCCUUAAAAAUUUGUCACUAGCUUAUGGACAAAUGAUACUCAAGAGUGGUUUCUUCCAUGCAGAUCCUCAUCCGGGAAACAUUCUGAUCUGUAAAGGUUCUGAGGUUGCAUUGCUUGAUUAUGGGCAAGUGAAGGAUCUACCUGAUGAACUGAGACUUGGAUAUGCUAAGUUGGUUCUUGCGAUUGCCGAUAAUGACCCUUUAAGGGCAUCAGAGAGCUACAGGGAUCUUGGUAUUGAGACCUUGAGUAAAUGCGAGAAUGAACAAAAAGAAAUGCUUAGGCUGGCACAAACAAUGUUUGACACAAAAUUACCGCCUGGAGUUACGAUGCUGCAACCUUUCGCAGAAGAAUCUUCAAUAAAAAAAAUUGCUGUUAAGGCCUUUCCAGAGGAACUGUUUUCUGUUCUCCGUACAGUGCAUCUCCUGAGAGGGCUUAGUGUUGGUCUGGGAAUGAAUUUUUCAUGCGCCGAGCAGUGGAGACCCAUUGCUGAAGAAGUUCUGUAUGUUGCAGGAAGACUUACAGCUAAAGAUCUGAAGCAACUACGUAGACGCGGAGCUUCUAGAAGAAGAUUUUGGAGAAGAUAAGUGUUUGAUGUAUGGAAAUGAUCAGUAUGAGCAUACCUGGAAUAUGGUAUUUUUUGUAAUUUAUCCUAAUCAAGUUGAUCCCUUAGCUGCAUCGUUGUCAGAGAUAAUUCUAUUACAGAUUUUUCCUUCUGAGAUUUGUAUUGGCAUAGAAAUAAAGUAUCGUUAAUACAUUGACUACUAACAGUUGUCCCAUUUCUGGAAAAUUGUUAGGUUGUAUCUUAAUUUUAUAUUUGAGUCUUGAAAUGGUCUCAACUCAGCAAUUUUGGUUUA